AUGUUUUCAAAGAGUGAUCGUAUUUGUUUUUAGCCUACUUACAAUCCCCCUGUUGGUUACUAUGAAAUAAACAACUAAUAAUAUGCAAAAGGAAUUGAUUUUUCAAAGUCUAUACCAAGAAAUCUAAAUAAUGGACCUAGUGUAAGCCCUUAAAAUUAAAAUAACAAUUUACCAAAGGUUUCAUUAGCAAGUCCGUAAUUAUCAGCAUAUGCGAAACCAGGAGAAAGAUUAAAGAUGGAAUAGAAAUAUAAAAAACAUGAAAGAAGAAGUUUCAGUUACUCUUAACAUCCUGAUAUUUCAAUUAACAACUUUGAGAGAUUACCAAUUAAAUAAAAAGGCAAACGACUUAAAAUAGUUUAUUAAAGGCAUUCAACAGAUUUAGAAAAUUAAAUAGAGGAAUCAAAACAAUUGUAAGUCUAAGGAUAUUAUAAUUCAAGAGCAUAGACACCUCUUACAGGAUAGUCUAAAAAAAGGAAACCUAAAAGUAUGAUGUUUAAUUAUUAUUAUUGAGCUCAUAGGAAUAUAUUUUCUUUAUUCCCUUCUGAUAGUUUAGAAUUAGCAUAACAAAGAGAGAAAAUGAAAGAUAAACCAAUACCUCCUCCUGGGGCUUACUACAAUGAGUUUAAUAAUUCUUCUAUAAAGGUUGAAAAAAUACCUUGGAGAUUUCAAUGUUUUUCUUCAACUGUCAGAAGAUUUAGUUAAUAACAAUAGGAUAUAAUUCCUAGUGUAGGCUCUUAUGAAAUCAAAACUAAAACUAAAGCUAUAGGUGUUAUUUCACUAGAUAAAUAUAGUUAAAGAAAAGAUAAAUUUUACAAUUUUCCUGGAGUUGGCACAUAUGAUGUUGAUUAAUCAUUUACUUAAGCAAAACCUCAAUAAAAAUAAUAAUAAGAUUUUCCAUGUCCAUUUGGAUCAAGUGGUAAGAGAUUUUGA